AUGGGGUUUUGGUGGAGAAAGGUGGUUCCUGCCCGCCGGGCCUUGGCGCCCUCAGGGCUCCUUAUGACCGGUGCCUCCUUCACCGCCUUCCGCGGGAUGCACUGGGUGCUGCAGCUGCUGCCCACACUGGGAUCUGCUGCUCAGGACCUUUGGAAGUGGCAAAACAUCUGUAUCUCCCUGGUGCACAGCCUGCUCACAGGGGCCGGGGCACUGCUUGGGCUGUUGCUGUGCCCUCAGAUGGCUGCUGACCCCAUCAGCAGGCCCUGGGCCUUGAUGCUGGUGGCUGUACCUGUAGGUCAUUUCCUGGCUGAUGGAGCUGACAUGCUGUGGAACCAGACCUUGGGCCAGGCCUGGGACCUUCUCUGUCAUCAUUUGGUGGUGAGACUCAGGAGAGUGAGCUGCCUCAGCACCACCAUUCUCUCUGGCCACUAUGCGGGCUUCUCUAUGGUGUCUCUACUCCUAGAGCUGAAGUCUAAGAAGUUGCUACUGCUUUCUCACCAGGCCCCAUCCUUGGCCUUCAUUGUGGCCAGCUGGGCCACGUUGGCCACCCUGGCCCUUUUCUGCCUGGUACCCCUGGGGUGAAUGGGUCUGUGGUUCAUCCAGCAGCACCAUCAGGUGCCUGCUGCUCUGGUUGUCCUUGGUGGAACUGGGCCGGCCACUGUGGGAGCCAUGAGCAUCACGCUAGGUGUUUGCAUUUUGGCCAGGGAUGCCCUGUGGCCUUGGCCUCAUUCACCCAUCCCUGGGCACCAGGACAUGUGA